UCUGUCUUAAUUUUCCAUAAGUCCGUAUUUUAGAUAGUAUUCGUAAAAGUUUAAAACAUAUUUUACCACACAACAACUACGCGUUGUUGAUAUCGAACACGAUGACGUGUGCAUUGCCGUAAGUGAAAGUAAUUUAGUGGUAGGAGAAAUACGUGUAGACCUUCAAUAUCGAUAAUACAUUCUGCUAAGUGUCGCAGUCGGUCGCGAGUAGUGUUUAAGUUCGCUCCGGUAUUUAUUACAUUCAACCGUAGUAAAAAUGUGCGGAAUUUUUGCUUAUAUUAAUCACUUGUCGCCUAAGACCCGGCGCGAAAUUUUAGAACUGCUCGUCAAUGGUUUGAAACGGUUGGAAUACCGCGGCUACGAUUCUGCGGGCGUCGCCAUCGAUGCUCCUGAUCAGAAAGAUAUAGCUGUAUUGAAACGUAGCGGUAAAGUAGCUGCCCUAGAAGAACUGCUCCAGGAGCGCAGCGUCGAGCUAUCUCUUGAGGAAUGUGUGGACUCCCAUUGCGGUAUCGCCCACACGCGUUGGGCUACUCACGGAGAGCCAAGUUCUACGAACUCGCAUCCGCAGCGUUCUGGAGAAGACAAUUCUUUUGUAGUGAUACAUAAUGGCAUCAUUACAAACUUUAAGGAAGUUAAAACAUUUUUGGAAAAUAAAGGAUAUACUUUUGAAUCCCAAACAGACACUGAAGCUAUUGCAAAGUUGAUCCACCACAUCUACAACCAGCACAAGGAUUACAGUUUUCAAGAAUUAGUUGAGCAGGUAAUUCAGCAACUGGAAGGUGCUUUUGCUUUAUGUUUCAAAUCUCGUCACUUUCCAAAUGAAUGUGUUGCAACACGUCGUGGUAGUCCUUUGCUAGUGGGUAUUAAAACACGGCGUCGUUUAUCCAGUGAUCAUAUCCCUAUUAUGUACACUAAUAACAAGGCCACACGUGGAGUUGUACCCCCCGUACCCAGGGUGAACAGCCAUGCCCAUUUCCAACCUGAAGAAGAAAGAGAUGUUGAAUAUUUCUUUGCCUCUGAUGCUUCUGCUGUAAUUGAACAUACUAACAGAGUAUUGUAUUUUGAAGAUGAUGAUGUUGCCCAUGUUAAGGAUGGUGUUUUGAGUAUCCAUCGCCUCUCUGGCAGCAGCAGUGAUCCUCAUGAACGUGAAAUAUUCACUCUGAAACUAGAAUUACAACAAAUCAUGAAAGGUAAUUAUAAAUACUUCAUGCAAAAGGAAAUUUUUGAACAACCUGAAUCUAUAGUAAAUACCAUGAGAGGACGCCUCAAUUUUGCAAAUGGUACUGUCAACCUUGGUGGUAUUAAAGAUUACAUACCUGAGAUCAAGAGAUGUAGAAGAUUGAUGCUCAUUGCAUGUGGCACAAGCUACCACAGUGCAGUUGCAACUCGUCAACUUUUGGAAGAGUUAACUGAGCUUCCAGUAAUGGUGGAAUUGGCUUCCGAUUUCUUGGAUAGGAAUACACCGGUGUUCCGUGAUGAUGUAUGUUUUUUUAUCUCACAAUCAGGAGAAACGGCUGACACACUGAUGGCUCUGCGGUACUGUAAACGUCAUGGUGCUCUUAUUGUUGGUAUUACCAAUACUGUAGGUAGUUCAAUUUGUCGUGAAUCCCAUUGUGGUGUUCAUAUUAAUGCUGGACCUGAAAUUGGUGUUGCAUCAACAAAGGCCUACACAUCACAGUUUGUAUCCCUUGUUAUGUUUGCGUUGGUUAUCAGUGAGGACCGCAUAUCUUUCCAAAAACGACGUGCCGAUAUCAUUGCCGGACUUCAUGAGUUAGAAAGCAAAAUCCGUCAAGUAUUAGCUCUUGACGCCCAGGUCCAGGCCCUUGCUGAAGAUUUAUUCCGUCAGAGGUCGCUACUUAUUAUGGGUCGUGGAUAUAAUUUCGCAACAUGCCUAGAGGGUGCACUGAAAGUAAAGGAAUUGACAUAUAUGCAUAGUGAGGGUAUUAUGGCUGGAGAAUUGAAACACGGACCACUCGCCCUUAUUGACGACUCUAUGCCAGUUAUAAUGAUAAUGAUGCGCGACCCCGUUUACACAAAAUGCAUGAAUGCAUUGCAACAGGUAACAGCCCGCCAAGGCCGCCCGAUCGUGGUGUGCGAAGAGGGCGACACGGACACUAUGGCUCUUGCGUCUCGCGUUCUCCAAGUACCGAAAACAGUAGAUUGUUUACAGGGAAUUCUCACAGUAAUACCUAUGCAACUACUUGCCUACCAUAUCGCAGUUUUGCGUGGCUGCAAUGUUGAUUGUCCGCGUAAUCUCGCCAAAUCUGUUACUGUCGAAUAAAUAUAAAUCAAGUUUUAUAUCGCACCCAACUGGCAUGCAGAAUAAAAUUGUGCAUUGAGUAAUAUCUUGUUAAAAGAAUAACCCAUUUCAUGAAUUUUAAUACAAAAUCAUUAUUUUAUUUUACAUAACAUGAAUACAUGUUUUAGUUAUUACUUUUAAAUAAUUCUUAUUAUUUGUCAAGCUAUUGUAUUGAGAGGGACUCUAAAGAU